UCGCGCCCGCCCGCUCACUCGAUCAGUCAGUCGUGCGUCGGGUUGGAGUAACCAUAUACCUAGCGUUUUAUUUCUAGUAAUUAACAAAAAUCAGAACAAUCAUGAGCACCAAUGAAAAUAACAGUGAAGUGGCCGUUGACAAGGUCGGAGACGAGAAAACUGGGGAUGCGAAAAGUGAUCUAAAAGGAGCCAAAAGGGCAGCAGAGGACAAAGCGACGGAAGCAAAAAAGGCGCGAAAAGAAGAAAAUGGCGGCGGUGACGAAGAAGCACACAGUGAAGAGGACGAUUUGGAAGGAGAAGGCGAAGGGGAAGAGGACGAUGACGAGGAAGUAGACGAAGGUGAGGAAGAUGAAGAAGAUUUGGAAGAGGGUGAAGAAGACGAUAUCGAAGAUGAAGAGGUUGAGGAAGAAUUAUUAGGGGAAGAGGAAGAAGAGGAUGCGUAAUACGCUCCGUGCCUCUAUAAGGACAAUGUCACAGUGAAGUGUUAGUGCACGUGACGCCCGGACUGGCGCGGCCUCGCCUCGCCCCAACGCACCCUCUGGUGCACCCUUGUAUUGGACGAUUGAAAGCGUUCCUUCACAAUGACUAAUACACCGCGAUAUGCGACGUUUUGAGACAUUCUCAAACUUCAUAAGAUAUAAACGUGUUGCCAUUUUAAGUUUUAAUAGUCGAAUUUUAGCCCGCAAAUUGCCAGAUAGUAAUGAAUUAAUAGUAAAAUGGACUAAUACAAGGGUGCGCCGAGUCCGCGGCCCAGCGUCGCGGCGGCCGGUUGGGAACACGCGGGGCCGACGACGCUCCCACCUAAAACGGGUGCAGUUAAUUUAAUAAAUGACAACAAACCGUAAUUAAGUCGAAUCCAAUGCAGAUUUUCAAUUUUUUACAAUGUUAUAAGUUUUAAACAAAGCGGUCCGAUGUACAUUGCGGCGCUCGCUGCUAACAAUUAAGACUUAGUGGAAUGCUGUUGAAUUUUUGUCAUGAGAUGUACAAAUGUGUUUUCUUUUUGAAAGUAAACUUUAUAUCUAAGUGAAAAUUUGCUCUGUAUUUAGAAGUAAUCCUAUGAGCCCGUUAAGUGGCAAAGUUGUGAUAUUUUUCUAUGAAAGUCACGACAAAAACUUUUGUUUAAUAAUACCAUACGUAGGAAGUAAGUCGCAAAAUUAAAUUUAUCCUUUUUAUAAUCGAUGAGAGAUUGUGUAUAUAUAAUAUAGAAUAAGUGAAGCCUAGCAUUUUGUAAGCGGCAAUGCAACUUAGCGUGUUCGCUGCAAUUUAUAUACCACUCUCUUAUUUUCCGGUGGCACCUUCGCGCCCUAAUUGUGUCUGUCGCCGGCGGGGACGAAUUCCCGCCGCGAAGCGAUUAUUAUCGAAUCUGUGAAUUUGUAAAGUUGAAGUGGGUCGGCAGUUGGAAGCCGGCGCGUCGUCUGCCGAGCGCGCGGUACACUUCACGCGACAACAUUUGAUAGAAAAACAUCACAAUUUUGCUACAUUAUGACGCUGCGCGCGCCCGCCACCCCGCCGCUGAUAAAUAGCGUGACGGUUGGCGCGGCGCGGCGCGACACCCAACACCUAACCGGCCCGUAACUUUGUCCAUAUUGUUAAUUAGGAUAGAACCUUCAGUUCGGUAUUCCAAUUUCGAGGUGUGGACUAAGAGAUUCCUAGGUUAAAAAGUGAUCUAGUAAGUAGGUGGUACGUUAUUUUAUGAAGCGACGCCCGGGAAGUCGACUAUGGCGGCGGCGGGCGGAGUGGAGGGGUACGCGUCGCUGCGCCCCCCUCGCGCGCGCGCGUGGCCUCUUUCGAUUUGCCGCCGGCGCCCCCCGCCCCGCCCCCGCCGGCGUCCGUCGCCCCUCGUACCGCGGCUCGGCGACGCGUUCCCGCGCGUGGAAAAUAACCGACUUCGCGGUGUCCAUUGCCGCGCGGCCGAAGUCUGUCGAACGGCGACGGCCGUGCCACCGCGCGUUGGACCGCGACGCGGGCUGACGUCGGCGGCCUGCAUCACAAUAGUCGAGCCACGUCAUAUUUUUUUUCAGCAAGCAUAGACUGCGGGGUUAUUCGAACAUUUAGACGAGAAUGCUUCGCUGCCGCUCGCGCAUCGAAGGGAGCAGAACUGUUUUUAUUAGCAUGAAUUGACAUAAAAAUAAAAGAAAAAUGAAAUUUAAUUAUCUUAUGAAUUAAACCUAUCGUCCCGCCUUUCGUUUGUGGUAAGAAUGAGCUGUUUUCAUAUUGUGUACGUCAAAUGUGAACCUUAGAACGAUUUAUUUAUUUGUGAUAAACACUUGAUUUUCUACAUUUGACAAAAUAAAUGUAAAUACAACCGAUUUUAAG